AAGGGCCCGGCAAACCUAGCGCUGCCUGCAGCCUCGAGGUGUACGGCAUCCGGCUUGCCCGUCCUGGCGGUGUCCUGAAGUCUUCAUCCUUACCCAGCUUUGUAGCUGGGCCUGCGCAGUCAGUGGGCAUCGCACCAUGACUGGCCUCUCCCAAAUGCACUUUUUCCCCAAUGGAAACGAACUGAGGCGCAGUAAAUGUGACAGAAGUCUGCUGCAAGAGUAUAAACAUCUGAUAAAAGAAGAUGAUAGAAAGACUGUUAUAUGUAUCGAGGGGAACAUUGCAAGUGGAAAAACAACAUGCCUGGAUUAUUUUGCACAAACUACCAGCAUUGAGGUUUUGACAGAACCGGUGACUAAGUGGAGGAAUGCUCGUGGUCAUAAUAUCCUGGGCUUAAUGUAUCAAGAUGCAUCAAGAUGGGGGAUAACAUUACAGACCUAUGUACAGCUUACAAUGUUGGAGCAGCAUACCAGACCAAUGAUUUCCCCCAUAAGAAUGAUGGAGCGAUCAAUACACAGUGCAAAAUACAUUUUUGUAGAAAAUUUGUAUCGAAGCGGAAAAAUGCCAGAGGUGGAUUAUGUUGUCCUAACUGAAUGGUUUGACUGGAUCCAGAACAACACUGAUAUUUCGGUUGAUUUGAUAGUUUAUUUGCAGACUUCUCCUGAAGUUUGUUAUGAGAGAUUAAAGAGAAGAUGCAGAGAAGAGGAAAAGAUCAUUCCUCUGGAAUAUUUAGAAGCUAUUCACCAGCUCUAUGAAGAGUGGCUCAUUAAACAUACACUAUUCAAAGUUUCCUGCCCAGUGCUUGUUAUUGGAGCUGACCAUGACAUGCAGAAAAUGAUAGAAAAGUAUGAAGAAAACCGUGACCAAAUACUAAACCCAUAUAAUAUGCAACACCAUUUAUAGAUGUCUGCCGUUGUUGUAUUUUAAAAAACUUGUUUAUGAAUUCUGAUUUGGGGGCAAUUUUGAGUAUAUUCAAUAUUUCUGAAUAUAAUGGGUUUUGCUUUUGAAUUACGCUUUGUAGAACGUUGUGGAAUUACUGCUAUGAAAUGUUCAGAAACAAGUCAUAAACAGAAUAUAAGCCAAUUCCCUUUCAUGUUUUACGUUCUCCAUCAGCUUUACUGUGUCAGUUUGGUUCAGCUAAAAUAUGGCUGUUUCUCCCAUUUCCCACUUCACUGCUGCUUCCUAUAAGUAACCUGAGUUGUUUGGGGUUUUUUUCCCCCCAAGACAACCCUAUUUUUGUAAUUUGAAAGAAAUAGGUCUGUACAAGAAGGGGGAUGUCCUUUUUUAUUCUUAGAGGAAGCAAAUGAAGUGCAUCAAGUUAAAGUAGUUUUGUUAAAUAGGUCUUGCCAGGUUGAAAUAGCGGUCUUACUCUAAUCCUGCCUCACUAAUGCAAUUUCAUUGAAUUCAGUAAGUUUCUUCUGCUUUACAUGAAAUCACAAUACAGCUGUAGCUCUGAAGACAACAAUGCACUAGCAUAGUCCCACUGAAUUCCCACUGGGGAAAAAAAAAAUGUUUUCAUAAGUAAUUGCAGAAUGGCUCCGAGGCUUUUUUUUAAGCCACAUUUUUAAAAGGGCUUAUUUCUCUCCAGUGUUCACGAAAUCUCUGGCCCUACCAUCGCUGAGUUAAGGACUAGUGAAAACAUAGGGUGUGCAGAACUGUAUUUGUUGUUCCUUUCAAAUGUUUAUAAAAAACAAAAUUAAGUUUUUUCCUAAUGCUUUUGGAUUCUUCGAUUGUACUUUUUUUAAAGAAAAAUACAGAUGGUUCUUUGGGUUUAUAUCUUGACCAGUUUAUUGUGACUUACAGGUACUUGGAGAGUAGAGAAACAUAGUGGAGGUUUCAUCUUUGCCCUAGUUAGCUAAAAUGUGGAGUUGCUCUUAAUUUCUGCUUUACCCUCUGAGUAUUGUCUUCAAGACAAUUCUUUUAAUGCAGCAGUUCUGACUGUUUUCAUGUUACUUUUUUUUCUCUUUGAGAAUAAUACCUGAAGGAUGGUAUAUAAUUUUUAGCUCCAUAGUAGUUUUGGUUGGUUUAAUUGGAGCAAGCAAGGUUAACAGCGCUUUAAAACAUGCUCGUAUUAAUGUAGUUGAGCACCUGUCAUAGCUUUGUAGUGAAUGCUCCUAAAAAUAGCUAAUGUCCAAGACUUCAGUUAGUACUUUGAUCACUUACUACAGCCAUUUGUAACUUGUCGGAGGAUAUAAAUUUUCAGUUACUUGGCUUUCCCAUGUUCCACCUGAUUUUGAACAGUAACUGAUGGUAUUAUUUUUGGAGAUCACGUCACUGCCUUUAUUUUGUAGUUUUGUGUCAGCUCGUUUUGUGGUAUGCUCAGAAGCAUUGUAGUUGAAAUGACUGCAUCGUUUUCCAAGGUGGGAAAUGCAGUUCAGUUCUUGGUAUUGCCACCUGGUGGGAUACUUUUUUCCCCAAUCAGUAGAACUUAAUAAUGAUCAAUGUGCUGAGAGCGCAUUUCCUAGUGAAGUACUGUGCUAGUAUACUGAAGCUCGUGAACUCAGUAUUGCCAUUCUGUUGUUCUGUUGUAAAGCUUUAGAAUUCUAGCUUAAAAAUUUUUGUGUGUUAAGUAAUGAUCUUACUUAUUGAAGCUUAUUUGUAGGGGGCUAGUCGUCAUUCUUGAAAAAGUUUGUUAAACUUUCAAAAUAGUUUCAAAAGAGACCAAAAGAACUAUUUCUUUGGAAAUAGUUCUAUAAACUUGAAGUCUGGACAUCUUCAGUUUGUUAUUAAUUCAUUAUGGGUUGUAGGACCUAAGGAUGUAUAUUUUGCACAUGGUCCAGAAUAUAGCAGUUAAUAAUUUUGUACAGAGAAUCUUACAGUACAAAGAACCGCACUGUUACCUUUCAGCUUUUGAAAGCAAUUUACGCUUUUUGGUCAGAUUUUUUUUUUCUCCUUCAUUAUAUCAAACCAGUAGUUUGGAUGGAGGUUAUUGAUAUUAGUAAUUAUAAUAGAAUAUGAAGGAAUAAUUUCUAUAACUUAUUUAUUACAAAUUACAGAUGCAAUGGCUACAGAGAACAUGUUUGUUUUAUGUUUUGCUAUCAAUUUUCAUGUAUAGAUUUUCAGAUACAGGAAGGUUGUGAUAUUUAAUGAAAACUGGGAAAAAACCCAAACGGGUUGCUUGUUACAUGUCAUAAAUGUAAAAUGUUUGCAGUUUGGUACAGAUGUGUAGAUAAAAAUACUGUAGUAAUCAUAAAUAGCUGGUUUUAAGCCUGGAAUUUAUUUGCUUUUGUUUCCUGAAAUCUCUCAGUUGAUGAGUGGAGGGGAAAAAGGGCAAUCAGCAUUCAUCUGAUAUGUAUUUUGUUCCUUUUAUGACUGUCUAAGAAGCAGUGACUGGGUAGCAAGUCGCCAAAUACCACAAAGUACGCUCUUUCUGUAGGGAGACUGAUCUUCAGUACCAGUGGAAUGGAUCGCAUAAACAAGCUGCCACUUCUCUUGACUUUUAAGAUUUGGUCCAUAAUAUGGACGUAGUCUAUACUUGUAGACUGAACCAUACAUAACUGGUUUUGCGUACAUUAUAGCUAUUGUGGAUUUAAUUACUUCUGUCACAAUGAGUUCCACAUCUAAACUGCAGUAUGUGUGAAAAGUGAUUAUUUCCUUUUGUAUUGCCUUUUCUUUAUUACAUGCUAGUCUGGAUAGAGGGAUGUCUUCUCCAGACUUUGGUGUUUACUUUGUCCUGGUCAAGGUGUCUUUGCAAAUCAAUAUCUGAGAGCAGCAUGUAAAUUGAUUUGAAGUAAGUUAGAGAGACUGGCAAAAUUAAAACAUUUUACAGUUGCAUUCUCUUAGCGUGGCCUUUUGUGUAUUUCUUCUAGCGUGGGAAGCAUGUUUAGGUCAUAGUUUGAUUAAACAUUUCAGAGGUGACUGUUCAAAAACGCAGGUCUUAAGAAACCUCGAAAAUUGUUUUCACCAGUGUAAUUAGCACACAAAACAACUGUCUACACCAGGAAAUGAUCCAGCAUCUCUCUUCAGUGCACUUUCU